UAAAAAAAAAAAAGAAAAAAAGAAAAAGCGGACAAAAGCAAAACAAACGUGAUCUAGGACUAUUGUACAUUAACUGCCAGCGAGACGAAGAUUUCAACAGUUUAAGAUACGCCUUGGUCUUGUAUCUCUAGUUACCUUUGGGCCUGAGUUUUAAUCCGCAACGAAGUUAAAAAAAAAUACCGCGAAUUUGACAGAGGAGGGUUAGCUAACAUUCCAGCAGAGCCAGUGCGUUUUAGAUGAGGAACUGAACCUUUUAUCUACAAAAUGAGCUGCAGCACAGCCAAACUACCCACCGACGUGACGAAUGACUCUUCAGGUAAGGAUUGCUCUGGCUCUGAAGAUGACGUCCCACUCUCAAAACUCGCGACGAAGGAGUGCAGCAAGGAAAAGUCACGUCAAAACAACAUGACAUCCAAAAGAGACAGUGAUACAGAAAAAGACAAGAGUGGUAAAGGUAGCUCCAACUCUGAUGAUGACGAUGAAGUUCCACUCUCAAAGCUUGUGACGAAGCCGGACGGGGAAAAUCGCAACACUAAAUCAAAAAAGGACAACUGCACCUCUGAUGACUCCUCAGAUGACGAGCCACUGAUUAAAAAGAAAAGACCAGAGAAAAAAGAUAAAACUCCACUCAGAUCUAAUGGUGUAAAGAAGAAAGAAGAUAAAGAUGACUCCUCUGAUGAGGAUGUUCCAAUGUCAAAGCUUAGGAAGAAGCCAAACAAGAAAAACAACUCAGCACUGAAACGCGACAAUAAAUCAAAACAGGACAAAAGCACCUCUGAUGACUCCUCUGAUGAUGAGCCGCUGACAAAAAAGAAAACAGCUUCUGCACCAUCUAAGAAAACAGGGAAAAAGGAUAGCAUAAAAAAGAAAGCAGAUUCAGAUGUGGACUCAGACUAUGAGCCUCGGAAUAAGAUCCCCAAAGUGUCCACCAAAGCUGCAAAAAAGUCUCCAAGGAAGUUUGUUAAAAGAAACAAGAAAGAGACACUGGAUGACGAUGACAGCUCUGACGAUGAACCUCUCAGUGAAGUGGCCAAGAAGAUCAAGUCCAGACCUGAGCGAAGGACAUCUCGUACCCCAGUUAAAAAGGAGACACAAACUUUAAAAUCCAAAAGAAAUGCAGCGAGGAAACAGGUUAAAUAUGCAGAGUCCUCCAGUGACAGUGAUGAACCUCUAGCAACACUAAAAAGGAGAAAGGCCCCAGAAGGACGAAAAUCCUCAGCAACCAAAGGAAAGUCUGCAUCAAAAUUACAAAAAGCUUCAUCCUCAGAUAACAGCUCUGAUGAAGAUGUUCCCUUGUCAAAACUUGUCAACAAGCAGAGGAAACCAGCCAAGAAAAACACAAGGAAGAGAGCAUCAGUACAGAGGGCUUCAAAAAAGACACAAGCACUGUCAGAUGGAAGCUCUGAUGAUGUUGAUGAUGAUGAUGAACCUUUGAUUAGUCUGGUGAAGAAGGUGAACAAAACAGUAAAACGCAAAACGAAGGCUUCAUCUCCAAAGAAGAGGGCCACCGUUUCCAAAAAGUCCGUCAAAACCAUUGAAUCAGGGUCAUCAAGCAACUGUUCGGAUGAUGAACCAUUAAUGAAGGCAGAUAAACACCCACAAGUGACGAAAAUCAUGAGAAUAAUCCUUGAAAGAUGUGAUGUAGAAGAAGCACAAACACAGGAGGCUGAAGACCCACGAAAAGACAAGUCAGAGUCCUCGGAGGAAGAGGAAUAAGACGAUAAAUCACAAAGUGUGAAGGAAUGUUUAGUUUUUUCUGUAACUUUUCAUCGAGGGCUCAAAGCUUCAAAAAAAAAAAAAUAUUGAUAAUGAAAUGCCCUAAAAUAACAGGAGAGAUUCUUCCUUAAAAUCACAUUUAAAUGUUAGUAUAAAGUUAAAGGGUUUCUUUUAUACCAAGAACAUGACUUUUAAGUUAAGGUGAUAAAAUUUUAUUCCCAUUUUUAAGUUUGGGACCACAUUUUACAGAUUAAUGUCCAUGUAUGAUGUUGUUUUACUCCUUGUGUCUAUUGUUUACAUUGAUGGUUUUCAUAAAUUUUAAAGUGAAUGAUUUAAUGUUCAUAGAUGUUGUUCACAUUUAGGCUUUGUAAGUUAAAUGUUCUCUUGCAUGCAGCAGUGAAACAUCUAUUGGAUUAAACUGCUUUCUUUAUCAAA